AUUUGUCUUUGACAGCUGUCAUCAUUUUCAUCAUCUUUGAGUUUCCAAAGAUGACUCAGAUAAUGAAGAGUUGUUUCAUCUCUCUGGCCAUUCUGUUUAUUUGGCGAGUGGAGACAGGAGCAGCACAGGUCUGCAUUUGUCCUCUUAGGAUGUCUUCCUUGGAGGAUCUCUGCAACUCAGAAGCUGUAAUCAGCGUAUCUGUCAUUGGAAAGAAGGAGGUUGACAAUGGAGCAAUGAUCAAAUAUAGCGUUCAUGCCAUCCAGGUGUACAAAGGCCCUGUGGGGGGAAUUGAUGCUGUCUACUCUCCCUUGGGAUGUGCAGUUGAUUUGCAGGCUGAUUGGACACAGUAUGUUAUCACAGGUAGUCUGGAAGCUGAUGGGACGGUGCACAUCACAUCCUGUAACUUCAUAAAGCUGUGGGAUGAGUUGAGUACAGCUGAGCUCAACCUGCUUAAAAACUAUCAGAACAGGUGUAGAUGAACAUUGAAGAUCUAUAUUGUUUCUGAGAUGGUCUCAAAUAAAAAAUCAAAAGGUUAUUUGACUUUUUUUCUUGUGCAAGAAACAUGCAGUGUGUAUGUAAGAGGAAUAUGAUAUAUUGCAGGUUUUGUUUUAAUAACUCUCCACUCUGCCAUUUUGUUUUACUGACCACUCUUGAAUAAUGGCAAAUGAAAAUAAAUUUAUACAGCGUGUCUAGAUAUAGAAUAUGAAACUCUUAAUGAUAUUGAUAAAACAUGUAGGUACGAUUCUUGGCAGAGUCUUGGUUUAUAGUAGUAGUGUUGAACAAAAGUGGCAAAGCAUUGUGAAAAUGUAGAUAUACACUUUAGUUUGCAUAUAAGGAGCUGCUGCUGAAUGUUUCUUUGCAUCCCAAGUGUAAUUUGUUUUGAUCCACUCAUAAAAAUUCCCUGAAAUAUG